AGGAACCCUACUCCUCUGCGCGGUGGAUAAAAUCUGUCACUAUGGUGACCAUCAAUUAAAAAAAUUCCGGUCCCCAUGUGACACGAUGUGAAUAUACAUAAAUAUAAAUACCUACAAAAUAAAAUAAAAAGUAUCACUGAGGAAAGGGAUUUUUGAGAGGGUUUUGUUUUCUUAGAGUAAUUUCUGAUUUUGCUGAAAGAAGUAGGGAUAAAAUAGACGCGUGAAAAUUAGAAGUGGGGACCAUACAACAAGAGAUUUAAACCAACCUCUACAGUCAAGUAUGUUUUUGCGAAGUUUCGUAUUUUUUCUUUUUUCAUAUUUUUUUGCACUGCUGUUGUUGGUGUGUCAUCUGCCUCGAAUCUCCGGACAGAAAUCCACAGGUCCACGGUGGCUGAUUGGGGACCGGGAGACCCACUGCAGCAUCAUCUGCUCGCGGACGCAGGGCAAGCCUGUGUGUGGCUCGGAUGGACGGAGCUACGAUACCGGCUGCGACCUGCAGAGGGCGAGGUGCAAAGACCGCUCCCUCACCUUAGCACACCGUGGUCGCUGCAGAGGUAAAAACUGGAGAAUCGACCAACCCCCCUCAGGCCCAGUGCCCACGUCAUCCACAGAGGGGAAAGACCUGGAGCUGAGAGACGCGGGCCUGUCCAAGUGUCGCGUGGAAAGAAGCCAAGCGCUGGAGCAGGCCAAGCGGCCCCAGGAGUCAAUCUUCAUUCCGGAGUGCAAUGACGACGGAUCCUACACUCAGGUGCAAUGCCACACUCUGACAGGGUAUUGCUGGUGUGUCACGUCCGACGGCAAGCCAGUCAGUGGUUCUUCAGUUCACAACAGGACCCCCAUAUGUUCAGGAAACUUCCGUGAAUUUAUGGGAACUCAUGCUGGGACAAGUGGAUUGUCAGGGUCAGUAACUGAUAAACCACCGGGGCCACCUAGCUCAGGGAGAAAAGUCUCUUUCCGUUUCUUUCUCACCCUAAACCCAGACGACGGAUCCAAACCUACACCCACCAUGGAGACACAUGUUGUCCCGGAUGGUGAUGAGAUCACGGCCCCCAAUUUGUGGAUCAAGCAGCUAGUAUACAAAGAAAAGAAUAACUCGAGUACUAGGAAACCAGAGAAGGUUCCUUCUUGUGACCAGGAGAGGCAGACUGCACUCGAUGAGGCCAGGCAGAACCCCAGAGAGGCCAUCUUCAUCCCGGACUGUGCACCCGGAGGCCUCUAUCAGCCUGUCCAGUGCCACCAGUCCACAGGCUACUGCUGGUGUGUUCUGGUGGACACUGGACGACCCAUCCCUGGGACCUCCACCAGGUACCAGACCCCAGAAUGUGACAGUGCUGCACGCUCACCGACCCCUGAAUCAGAAGAUCCUUUCCGAGAGCGAGACCUGGCGGGGUGCCCAGAGGGAAAGAAAGUGGAAUUCAUCACCAGCUUGUUAGACGCUCUCACCACUGACAUGGUGCAGGCCAUAAACUCGCCAACUCCCUCUGGUGGUGGGAGAUUUGUGGAGCCUGACCCCAGCCACACCCUGGAGGAGAGGGUGGUGCAUUGGUACUUUGCACAACUGGACAACAAUGGCAGCCAUGAUAUCAACAAGAAGGAACUUAAACCCUUCAAGCGAUACGUGAAGAAGAAAGCCAAGCCCAAAAAGUGUGCCCGCAAGUUCACUGACUACUGCGACCUCAACAAGGACAAGGCCAUCUCCCUGCUGGAGCUCAAGGGCUGCCUGGGCGUGAGCAAGGAUGGAGGUAGCUCUGUGAGCAGCAUCAACACAGGGACAAGGCAAGGGACCCAUUUGUUCAUAGGUCGUCUGGUGUGAAGAGAGACGGUUCCAGGAGCUGAAGGGAGAGCAGAGGGUGCAGAGGGAAGGCAUCUGUAUGCGCUCAUACAGAAAGGGAUACCGACGAAAAAUUAAGAAGUACCAGUUCCAAUAAAGAAGUGGCGCCAAAAUAUUUGCACUUUCUCCUCCCAAUGUUUGCUAUUCUAGCUGUUUUGUUUUUUAUUUGAAAAAAAAGACUUAAAAGUCAACAGAAAUAAUAAUAAUGAUAAAGAAUAAGAGUAAUGCUGGUAGAAAAUCAUAAUUGAACAGGAGGAACUAACCCAUUAUUCCAUUCAGCUGUGAUGUUCCUCUUAAACCAGUGGGCUUUACCCCAGGUACAGGACACAACUAACAUUGACCAUAACAGACUCUUGACUCUGCAUCAUAUUGUUCAGCCCCAUAAAAACCUGAACAAUCGCUAAGACAUUGUUCACUGCUAAAACGAGAAUUUUCAGCAAGCUUUAACCUCUUCAAUGUUCUUUCAUACAAUAGAAAAACUACAAGGACCUGUCAGUAUUCUACAUUUGAACUUGCAAUCUGUCUAUGCUUUCAUCCCCUGCCUUAUGCCACAGUAUUUAUUUUCAGAGAUUUGUCACACCUCACAGAAAUGAACUAGUGUAAGCAUUAGCCAAUCCCAGGUAUUUCAAUUUGUGUUUUAGCAGUGAUUAGUUUGCUGUUCAAUAAAGUUGUUGAUUUCCAGUGUACGGGCACUACAGUAUAUAUUUUGUACUAGAUUAUUCAUUGUGUUUUAAUGAUAUAUAUAUAGCAUUAUAUAUAUCAUAUAUAACUGUCAAAUUCUAAGAAAGUCAGGGGCAGAAUGUUUCCAUUAGGAAUACAAAAUGUUCACAGUUUCAAGCCCUGGCGGUGUACCAAGCAUUUACAGAGCUGACUAUCUACAGAAAGCAGCCUUUGAAGGUCUUUGCAGAAAGGCCAUACCUCAGCCCCAUCCAUCCUUAACAACACUCACACUGUGCUGCAUCAUAAUCUGUUCACUUAAAUCUGUUACUACAACUGACGGUUGAGAGGACAUAUGGUCCAGGACAUUUUUUUUAAAGAGAAAUUUAAAAAAUGAAAUAAUGACAAAAUAUACAUAUACAGCCCCUUUGAUGAAUGCGGUCCUCUGUCUAAAUAUGAAAGAUACGGUUCGUUGUUGUGUUUGUGUUUGUGUAUUUGCUUGCUAUGUGGACAUGUAAUUUGUACCAAGAAGCCUUAGCACCGGCUCAUGGAAGUAAAGGUAAACACGCUCAUGAUGUAAAUAUGUAUCAUAUGCUUUUGGUUUUUCCCAGUUUUCUUUCAUUGUCAAGCUUGGGUUUUGGUAACUCUCUAAAAGCAGUUCCAUCGCUGUUCUGCCUGGUUGUGCAAUCUCUGUUCGAUCAGACCUGUCUGCUCCAAGAUGAAUGCUUGUCAGUGAAUCAAUUGUUACGUGAUCCACAAAACAGAACAGUAAGACCGUGCAAGUUAAGAGACUUGACAAAUGUUAGAUAGCUUACUGAACUUCACCGUCUGCAGUUUGUAUAAUCUUUUAUGACUGUGUAAUCUUGUAUGUCCCUGUGAAUCUAAAAUGUCAGUGGCUGCUGUAAAAUUUUAUGCAGAGACAAUGUUAGGAAGUCUCAUACUUUGGGUCUGGUUCUUUUGUAUUUUGCUAGUGUCACAGUGAUUACAGCUGGCUCACCAGGACCCACCCCUUUCUCUUGUCGGAGCUCUCCUCCUAUACACCCCCCUUCCCACCCCCCCAGAAACACUGGGCCUGUGUGUCCACUGAAGUGCUUCCAGACCCCUGGGAUGGAUCACAUUUUAAACAUCUAAAUUGGUUAGCAGAGCAGACAUGGCUGUAAUCACAGCUAAUCAACUGGAGGAGCCAUUGUGAGAGAGCUCCACAGAGGGCUGUCCGAACAAGAGGGAAAAAAAAAAAAUUUCAAGAGGUGUGACCAGGUGGGGCACAUGCUGCAGUCUGAAAAGAGACCUGCUGUAUACUCUUCACUGGUAUUCUUGACUGGGAAAGUGAAGUAGUUUGUUGGGGGGAGGGGGCAAUAAGGACUGCUGAAGAGCACAUUAGUGGCACCUACUGGCAGAAAUAAGUAACUGCUCUUUGAAAGGGCUUGACCAAAUCCCAAGCAUUUACCUUACAAUGCCUUGUAGACAGGUUGUUAAAACUAUGAGGAAUAAAAGCAAUAUCUCUUUUUUUGAUUAAACCAGUUGACUUCUGUAAUUUGAAAUAAAUUUUUUCAAACAUCAAAUGGCGCCACUUUGAAUAAGA